AUGUCUUCCACCAAGGAACUCAGAAUGGCUAUCGAACACACAACAAGACAAUUUUUGGGCGCCUACAAAGAUUGUGGCGAAGCAAAUGACCCAUCCAUCAUCAACCGCGACGUCACUGAAGACUGCGAGCGUCAUUUCCUUCCGACCGGUGUCAUGGCGCUUGUCGGGGCUCCCUCAGUGGUUAAAUUGAACAACGCCGCGUACGAAGCGGCAGUGGCUCAAGACAUGACGAAGAGCGUCGUCACAGGGACUCGAAUCUCGAACCUUGUUAUCGAUACCGAGGCUUGCAAAGCAGCAGCAACUACUGUCACCGAUGUGAAAUUUCACGACGGAGAGGUAGUUGCGAUGGAGCAUUCCUGGGUGUUGGAAUUCAAUGAGGAUGGCUCCAAAGUCAGCAAGGUUGUUGAAUUUUGCGACAUGGAUGGAGUGCGCAGGAUGGUGGGAAAGUCUUGA